CAAUGAAAAUAAUGCUUUUUCUUGAGUAGUUAUUCAUCCACAGAUGAUUGUUUAUAAUGAAAAUAAAUAAUAGAAUCUUCUAGUUUUGUUUAUUGUUAAUAAAUCGAUUGUGCUAUUUCUCAUUAAAUUGUUUUAAAAGUAUGCUCAAUCGCAAUUCAAGAAUUUGAAAUGAAGUGCUUAUAAUCUUAAGGCUAAAAAUCUAAUUGUGAAAAUAUAUCCCAAUACUGGAAAGUAUGCAUUGAAAUAAGUGACUAAAUUUUUAAGCAAGGUGAUUAAGUAAGAAAAAUUCGAGGCUCCUGUGUGCACUCAGCAAAUAUAUUUCUUCUGUUAAUAAUAUCAUGUGUUGCAAUAAGAGCAAAGAACGCACAGUCUCAUUGGAUAAAGUUUAAUCGAUUUCUCUUUUUUUGCAUCUGUCUAUAAAGUUGACUUGUAUACAAUUGUUAAUAAGACAAAGGUAGUGCAAGGGCAUUAAAAUGGCACCUAUUCAAAAUCUUUUGCUCGACGGAGAUGCUGUAAAGGAUCUGGCUGAGCCGAAGCGGUCAAUUUUCAUAUUUGAAUGGCUGCGUAACCUGGAGAAGGCAUUGCUUACUUGCAGUAGAGCUGAGAUCAAAGAGAGUCAGAAAAAAUUAGUGCUUCAAUUAACAGCGCAGAUAAAUGGGUCACCGGGUCCACCAACCCGCAAACUGUUAGCUAAUUGUUUAGCUACAUUAUUCUCCGUGGGCGAUACAUUCAUGCUAUUCGAUACGGCAAAUACUUGCAAUGAUAUACUUAAAAAUAAGGAUGACUCACCUAGUUACUUGCCUACAAAACUAGCUGCAAUUUGCGUUUUGGGUUCUAUGUAUGAGAAACUUGGCCGCAUGAUGGGCCGUUCUUAUGAGGAAACUGUUCAUAUACUUUUACGAGCUUUACGUAAUGCCGAAUCUCAGACACGCAUUGAAAUUAUGAUAACUUUGGAAAAAGUUUGUUCUGGCAUGGGUUCAGCAAUAGCCAAUGUUCACAAAGAUAUCUACAAAGCCACCAAACAUUGCUUAACCGAUCGUGUUAUGGCGGUACGAGUAACGGCUGCUCGAUGUUUACUGGAAAUGUUGCAGCAUGCUUCCUUUCUUUAUCAAACAGAGCUAGAAAGCUUAUCAGCUCUGUGUUUUCGGGCUUUCGAUGGCAGUAAUUACGAAGUGCGUUGUGCGAUUGCAAAACUUCUUGGUACUUUAUUGGCUCAUACUCAGCAACAAAAUGAGGGCAACCAGAAAAAACCUUCCAGCCUUCCUGUACCCGCAGUACAAUCUAAGUCAUCAAAUGCUCGAUGCAUUUCGUUGGAUGAGACACUUAGUGUGUUCAUGUCGGGAUUUUUGCGUGGUGGAGCAUCGUUUUUGAAAGGAACGGGCGAAAUUAUUAAAGGAAACUCCAGUGUGAGUCGAGAAAUUCGAGUAGGCGUUACUCAAGCCUAUGUGGUAUUUGUAGAAUGUAUGGGAAAUGUAUGGUUGGAAAGAAAUUUAAAUACAUUUCUAACGCACAUAUUAGAUUUGGUAGCAAACCCCAAAGCUGCUUCGUCGCACGUUGAUGCCGUUUACUCACGCAAGUGCAUCAACUUCAUAUUACGUUCAGUUUUGGGUAAAAUGCUGGGUGAAAAAACUCAAAUAACGGCUUGCAAGGAACUGUUACAUAUGAUAGCAAAACAAAUGAAUUCAAUUGAUUUUAAUCCGGAAAAUGCCAAAGAUUCCAACCAGGAAACGCUUUUCAAUCAGCAUUUGUUGGUGUGCGCUCUUCACGAACUAAGUUCGUUAGUACAAAGUUUGGGGACCACUGCCCAAAACCUCUUAACUGAUCAAACACUGAAUACCCUCGAUACGAUUUGUGCUGUUUUAAUACAUCCUUGCGCAGCAGCUCGCCUGGCAGCCGCUUGGUGUAUGCGUAGCUUUUGUAUGGCAGUCCCAAGUUUAAUAACUCCUCUCAUCGAUCGAUUCUUAGAAACUUUAGAAAGGAUGCGUUCAUCGCCAGAGGCUGUGUCCGGCUACAGUUGUGCUUUAGCUGCCAUUUUAGGAAGCGUUCACCAUUCUCCACUGGGCAUACCACAUACGAAAGGGAAGAUAGUUUUUAAUGCCGCCGAAGAAUUACUCCGUUCGGCUUCCCAAAACAGCCGAAUGUCACUUAAUCGUACCCAAGCCGGUUGGCUGUUGAUUGGUUCCAUAAUGACUUUAGGUUCUUCGGUAGUGAAAGGCUUAUUACCACGUAUGUUACUAUUGUGGAGGCACUCGUUUCCACGCUCCAAUAAGGAACUUGAAUCAGAAAAGGCCCGAGGGGAUUCUUUUACCUGGCAAGUAACAUUGGAAGGAAGAGCUGGUGCGCUAUCUGUAAUGCACAGUUUUCUUCUAAAUUGUCCCGAUUUGGUAACUGAGGACAUUACAAGGCGUUUAAUAACACCAAUUGAAAGUGCUCUGGCUAUGCUAGUCAAUUUAUCCCCCGUACUAAGAAACUAUGGUACCCAACUAAAAGCUCCUGCAGCUAUGGUACGAUUACGACUAUAUGAGACUCUGUCCCAAAUGCCUGCAAAUACUUUGGAGUCUUCCUACACACACCUUCUACGCAUGUUGGUCUCUGAAUUUACGCUCGCCGAAAAUCCCGCCAAUACAACAAACUCACUUUUACGUACUCUCUGUCACACUGGCAAUUCGCUAAUUUUAGGUGCUUGGCUUCAAGAUACCGAUCAUCACAGUAUAGAAGAUCAGAUGGAGUCGCACCGUAAAUGGGAUGGUGAUCAUCUUCAGCUUAACAGUGCUGCUGGAUCCGGAGCGCUGGAACAUGAUCCCUGUUGUCUUUAUAGAGCAAUUGAGAGUCACAUAAUAUAUUCAAGCAAUGCUGCCUACAAUGGUAGACAAAAUCAGUGCCCAGGGCCUUUGCCACUCGGUGUUGCCAUUAUUGAUAUGUCAAUUAUACUUUUUGGUGUUAUAUUUCCGAGGGUGGCUAAUAAGCAUCGUCUGCAAAUGUUGGAUCAUUUCACCGAGUGUAUUAAACAGGCAAAAAGUGUUCGACAAGAAGCUGUACAAAUGAAUAUAUUUACUGCUUUGCUAAGCGGGCUUAAAGGUCUUACCGAUAGCAAAUCAGCCAUUGGUCCGGAUGACGUACGAAAGAGCGCUACCAACUUAAUCAUUUCGACAAUAAGCAGUUCAAAUGCUUUAUUAAGAUGUGCAUCUGCUGAAGCUCUUGGUCGACUGACACAAGUUGUUGGUGACUCCCGCUUGACAGCCGAAUUGACACAGAAUUCAUUUGAAAAAUUGAAACAAGCACGCGAUGUUGUGACGCGUACGGGCCAUUCAAUGGCACUGGGAUGCUUACAUCGUUACGUUGGUAGCAUGGGAUGUUCGCAACAUUUAAACACAAGUGUUUCCAUAUUGUUAGCGUUGGCUCAGGAUAUAUCAUCGCCAGUGGUACAAUUAUGGGCUUUGCAUGCUCUAGUACUAAUUGCUGACUCUGGCGGACCAAUGUUCCGUGGCUACGUAGAGGCUACGCAAACGCUCUGUCUUAAACUACUGCUAAGCGUACCGCAGUCGCAUACAGACAUCCAUCAGUGUAUCGGCCAUGUAUUGAAUGCGUUAAUGACAACAAUGGGCCCUGAGUUGCAGAGCGAUGCUGUUGCUAUAGCAAAUAUUCGGACGUCAUUUAUUUGCGCUACUUCCGUCAUGCAAACCCAUUCAGAUCCUUUAGUGCAAUCGGAAGCAAUAAGUUGUCUACAACAGCUGCAUUUGUUUUCACCAGCCAGUAUAAAUCUUGCAGAAUUUGUACCGAUGCUAGUGAAAAGUUUAUCCAGCCCGUAUUUAAUGCAAAGGAAAGUUAUUGUCUCUUGCCUUAGACAAAUAGCUCAUCGUGAGGCCAAAAAAGUUUGCAGUCUAGCUUUAUCGAUCAGUACGGAGGACUCUUCAAAACUGGCUGCCAACGAAUUCGGUUUGCCUGGCAUGUUGUUUGCCAUGUUGGACUCGGAAACGAAUUAUGAAAUGCUUAAAAAUAUUCACGAUACUCUAACUUCGAUGAUAACACUAAUGGCUGCAGAUAAUUUGAGCACCUGGUUGAGCUUAUGUAAGAAUGUCUUAACUGUGGCUGUGGAAAAUAGCCCUUUAUUAGAAGAUGCUUCAGCCUGUGUUAAAAAUGAAAUAGCAAAUAAUUCGUCAAAUAUUCAAGCGGGGCCGUCAAGAACAGUGGGUCAAGACGAAGAUGAAGAUGAUGAUGCUGAUGAUGUAACUGAAUAUCAUGCCAACGAUGAUUUGUCUACACACCCAGCUGUGCAGCCGCGGUGGACAACUCGAGUGUUUGCAGCGCAAUCUGUACGACGAAUCAUAACAGCUUGUGAAAAUGCUAGUCCGCUCCACUUUGAUUUGCUGCAAGCCAAGGAAAUGCAAAUGACGAAAUCAAACGUCGAUUAUCUAAUACUUCACCUUUCUGACUUGAUACGUAUGUCAUUUAUUGCAGCUACUUCCGAUGCAGAUCAAUUACGGUUAGAGGGCUUACGCACUUUACAGGAGAUUAUAGAUCGCUUCGCCAACGUGCCUGAACCAGAAUUUCCCGGCCACUUAUUACUCGAACAAUAUCAGGCUCAGGUUGGUGCGGCCUUACGUCCUGCUUUCACAUCUGAUACGCCAUCAAAUGUUACAGCGGCUGCUUGUGAAGUUUGUUCUGCUUGGAUUGGGUCGGGUGUCGCACGCGACCUAAAUGAUCUACGUAGAGUUCAUCAAUUAUUAGUAUCCUCGCUUUCGAAGUUACAUACGAAAACGAAUAGCACGCAGUUGUUUAAUGAAUCCAUGGCUACGCUGGAAAAGUUGAGUAUAUUAAAAGCUUGGGCUGAAGUUUAUAUUGUAGCGAUGAUUGGUAACGGCACCGCUCCAGCAGCUUUACUACAAAAGCAACUAACAGCAGGGAGAUCAUUUGAAGCAUUUCGUAAUAUAUAUCGAUCUACAGAUAAUGAUAAUGAUUCUAUCGGGAGAUCGUCAAGAAAUGAGAGAGGUGGGGAGAGUCUACUUUUGCUAGUGCAGCCCGAAUUAGAUAGCCUAUCGAAACAUUGGUUAUCCGCAAUGAAGGAUCACGCGCUAUUGCUGUUGCCUACCGAGUUUCAAAGUCAAUUACCACACGAUGGUGGUGCUUUUUAUACCACGGAUACCAUUAAUUCUUCUAAGCCUCAUUAUAAGAACGCUUGGCCUAUUAUAUUAUAUGCUACAUCGCUUUGGCUUUGUGAUGCAGGUUUUCCUGCAGAUGAGGAAAAUAAAGGCGAAUCACCUGUGGAAGCCAAUAAUAACGUAUUUCAUGAUUCUCCAUCCAUUGAUAGAUUUCAUAUGAUUUUCGGCAUAUGCAUGGAAGCGUUAUGUAGCGCACGCACCUCUGAAAAACCGAAAAAUGUCAUAAGUUGCUUGCAAUCAUUGUUUACGAUCUUCGACUCUAAAUGGGCUCGCAAAUUGUUAGUUAGAGAUAAAACUCUGGCCAUUGAAUUAUGUAACGUUCUCCAUCGUCAAAUAUUAACGAGUGAUGAUCUUUACAUACAGCUACUAUGCAUUGAAAUACUGAAGCUGACAGUUUUAGCAGCAAAAGAACAUUUAAACGCCGUGCAAGAUGAACAUUUAGAACGAAACGUAGCUGAAAGUAAAAGUAAUAGCUGUCUUCAGGAAGAAAUGGAUAACUUGGGCGAGGGCAAUACAUCAGGUGAAAUAACAGUGGGCUCAUCUUUAGUUUAUGCUUUAAUGGAAGUUUGUCUUUGUUUGGUUGUACGUCAAAUACCAACUAUGAACCCUGGUUCCGUUAAUCUGAUGCAAAUUCGUAAGGAUCUUAUUUCCAAAAACUCUCUGCACUCACAGUCCUUUUUUACCAAAAUACCAGAAGAUAAUGGACGGUUAGUGGCAUGUGCUUUAGAAUGCGUUAAAGAGUUUACAUCUUUAUGUUCUCCAAAGGGUGCUCUUAGCAUUUUGCCCACUAUAUUAUAUAUGACUACAUCGAUUAUUAAAGAAAUUGCCAACAAAUCCAUCAUUGAUUCCACUAUACUUGCCAACACAGUGGCGAUACAAACGGCUUUAGAAGUGCUUGAAUCCGUUUGUCAAGAUAAAUGGGCACAGCAUCCAUCAGUGACUGCAGAUUGGCAAGAAUUACUGCAAAGUUCUCUAGCUACCAUAGUUGAUCUUACGAAAACUGCAGGAAACAGUGAGGAUCGUAAAAUGGAUGAAGUGACAAUGUUACAAGCAAUAGCUGUUUUCCUUUUGCAUACUCCCCCCGCAGUUGUGUCUGCGCCUUCUUUGCAAUAUCCUUGCAUAAAUCAUUUUCGACAUUAUCUACAAUCGGAUAAUCUUACCGUUAAAUUAAGAUGUAUACAAACGGCUCAAUCAAUUUUUUCGAAAGCCGAACUUAAAAUUUCGACACCCUAUAUACACGCUUUGGCACCACGAAUAAUAGAAGGUCUAUACUUGGACACAACCAAACAACCUCGAACUGAAAUUGAGCUACAAAUUGUACUGGAAAGUGUUGUGACCGUUGAAACGUUAAUCGAUUUGGCUGAACCACAAAAUCGUAUACAAAUACUUAGUUUGCUGGUACCUGCUUUAAUUAACUGUUUAGCCGAAUCUACAAAAUUACGAAUUUUGCCGAAAUAUCAACGACAAUUGCACGACCAUUCCUUGCAAUGGCUUUUGAAGAUAGGGCCGAAAUAUCCGCAAGAAUUUAAAUCGUUAAUGAGUCAAUCGCCGGAAUUAAGGCAAAAGUUAGAAAAUGCCAUACGCAGCCAACAGCAAACGCAAGUUAACAGCAACAAUAAAGGUAAAACAUCGGAAAAUCGACUUAGUAUAGAAAAGCAAAAGAAGCCAACUAUAAAAUUAAAGACCGACUUCAGUAAUUUCCAAUAGAACUGUAUAAGCAGUAAAAUGAAUGAAAGAUGGCAACGCAUAAAUUGUUUUUUUAAUCAAUUAUGUAAAUUUUACAACCAUGUUAAAUUUUAUUUACUUUAUAAAGCAAAUACGUAUGCAUGUCUAAUAAUAACUAAAUAUAUAUAUAUAUAUAUGCAUAUAUAUCAAUAA